AAAUUCGCAGUCGAAGCUAUACUACUGCUCGCAGUCUGCGCUAUAUAUAAUAAUACAAACGCGCCGUUUUGUGCGUUCGCCGUGCGAUACACAAUACGAGAGAGAGAAAAAAGGGAGAUAAUCGCGAGUUUAAAAUCUUCAAACUUUCUCGCGAUAAAUACAUAUACGUAUAAAAUAGAUGUGUGUGCAUAUAGUCGGCUGUGAACGACGAGUGCACGUGUGCAUGUUUAACUCCGAAGAAGCGGGGCGGCCUACGCGCAUCACUGAUACUACACAAUAAUAAUACAUAAAUAUAAGCCGCGCGAGAGUCAGACAGAGAGAGAGAGAGAGAAGAUUGCUCCAAUUUUUUCUUUCUUCCGUGAGAGCACGAGACAGAGAAAAAAAGCUCGGGCAUUCGUCAUCUGGCAAGUUGUAAAGCACUUCUAUCAUCAAUGACAGUUGUUGUCCUGACAUGUCAUACACUGAGCUGGAACAUGGCUAUCAGGAUCUCAGGAGUACUACUAACCAACCAAUAUUCUACGUAGGUGAUAUUGGGGCUGGACAAGCCGGCUUGGUAGGUCCAGGAGGUUCGCCACUGUAUUGUCCAGCAAACCGAGGCGAACUGUCGGAGGGCUGCGUCAACGAGGAUGGCUUCCUGGCCGGCGGCGAGCCCGAGGGCGAGGGCAAGCAGGUCCUGGUGGGAAUAUGCGCCAUGGCCAAGAAAUCGCAGAGCAAGCCGAUGAAGGAGAUACUCACGCGCCUCGAGGAGUUCGAGUACAUCAAGAUCAUCGUGUUCGCCGAGGAAGUCAUUCUCAAGGAGCCGGUGGACAAGUGGCCCGUAGUCGACUGCCUGAUAAGCUUCCACAGCAAGGGAUUCCCGCUGGACAAGGCCAUCAAGUACGCCGAGCUGCGCAAUCCCUUUAUCAUCAAUAAUCUCGACAUGCAAUACGACAUACAGGAUCGGAGACGAGUCUACGCUAUUCUGGAGGGCGAGGGUAUCGAGAUACCAAGGUAUGCGGUAUUAGACAGAGAUUCGCCCGAUCCGAAACAUUUUCUUCCAGAGCACGAGCUCGUCGAGUCCGAGGAUCACGUCGAGGUCAACGGUGUCACCUUCAACAAGCCCUUCGUGGAGAAGCCCGUCUCGGCCGAGGAUCACAACAUCUACAUCUACUAUCCGACCUCGGCCGGUGGCGGCUCGCAGCGGCUCUUUCGCAAGAUCGGCAGCCGCAGCUCGGUCUACUCGCCCGAGUCGCGGGUACGCAAGACGGGCUCGUACAUCUACGAGGACUUCAUGCCCACCGACGGCACGGACGUCAAGGUUUACACGGUCGGGCCGGAUUACGCGCACGCGGAGGCCCGCAAAAGUCCCGCUCUCGACGGCAAGGUCGAGCGCGAUUCCGAGGGCAAGGAGAUCCGUUACCCGGUGAUACUCAGCAACGCCGAGAAGCUCAUCAGCCGCAAGGUCUGCAUGGCCUUCAAGCAGACGGUCUGCGGCUUCGACUUGCUCAGAGCCAACGGCCAAUCGUUCGUCUGCGACGUCAACGGAUUCAGCUUCGUGAAGAACUCCAACAAGUACUACGAUGACUGCGCCAAGAUACUCGGCAACAUGAUCCUGCGGGAAUUGGCUCCGACCUUGCACAUACCCUGGAGCGUGCCCUUUCAACUCGACGAUCCGCCGAUCGUGCCCACGACCUUUGGCAAGAUGAUGGAAUUACGAUGCGUGGUCGCCGUCAUAAGGCACGGAGACCGCACGCCCAAGCAGAAAAUGAAGGUGGAAGUGCGACAUCCCAAAUUCUUCGAAAUUUUCGCCAAAUACGAUGGGUACAAGCACGGCCAUGUCAAACUGAAACGUCCGAAGCAGCUGCAGGAGAUCCUCGACACGGCGAGGAGCCUGCUCGCCGAGAUACAGCACAGAGCCGCGGGCCCCGAGCUCGAGGAGAAGCAGGGAAAACUGGAACAGCUGAAAAGUGUUUUAGAAAUGUACGGUCAUUUUUCCGGAAUCAAUCGCAAAGUCCAAAUGAAGUAUCAACCUCGAGGUAGGCCAAGGGGCAGCUCUUCCGACGACGGGAGUAGCAGCAAUCGACUGGGCGAGCCGUCGCUGGUGCUGAUACUGAAGUGGGGCGGCGAGCUGACGCCCGCGGGCAGGAUCCAGGCCGAGGAGCUGGGCCGCAUAUUUCGCUGCAUGUACCCUGGUGGUCAAGGUAGACACCUCAGUGAGGAAGACUCAGAGAUGUUACCAAGCCACGGUGAAUACGCCGGAGCUCAGGGACUAGGUUUGCUGCGGCUGCACUCGACCUUCCGACACGAUCUGAAGAUUUACGCGAGCGACGAGGGACGCGUGCAGAUGACAGCCGCCGCCUUCGCCAAGGGCCUGCUGGCCCUCGAGGGCGAGCUCACGCCCAUACUCGUGCAGAUGGUCAAGAGCGCCAAUACCAAUGGCCUGCUGGACAACGAUUGCGACAGCAGCAAGUAUCAAAAUAUGGUGAAAAACCGAUUGCACGAGUACUUCCAGCAGGAUCGGGACUUCACCGACGAGGACCGCGAAAAAAUCAAUCCCACCAACGCGCUGAGCAUCAACACGGCCCUGGACUUCGUGAAGAAUCCAGUGCGCUGCUGCCAGCACGUGCACAUGCUGAUCCAGAAGCUCAUGGACAUCGUGCGCAUCAAGAAGGACGACCCGAAGACCAAGGACGCCAUCCUGUAUCACGGCGAGACCUGGGAGCUGAUGGGCCGCAGGUGGGGCAAGAUCGAGAAGGACUUCUGCACGAAGCAGAAGCGCUUCGACAUAUCCAAGAUACCGGACAUCUACGACUGCAUCAAGUACGAUCUGCAGCACAACAAUCACACGCUGCAGUUCGAGCAGGCCGAGGAGCUCUACAUCUACUCCAAGUACCUGGCCGACAUCGUCAUACCGCAGGAGUACGGCCUGACGGUGCAGGAAAAAUUGACCAUCGGCCAGGGUAUAUGCACGCCCCUGCUGAAGAAGAUACGCGCCGAUCUGCAGAGGAACAUCGAGGAGCCCGGGGAGGAGAGCGUCAAUAGAUUGAAUCCUAGAUAUUCUCACGGGGUAUCGAGUCCCGGCAGACACGUGCGCACAAGACUGUACUUUACCAGUGAAAGCCAUGUACAUUCAUUAUUAACGGUUUUACGAUACGGUGGCUUGCUUGAUGUCUUGAACGACGAGCAAUGGAGGAGAGCCAUGGAGUACGUCAGCAUGGUCUCGGAAUUGAAUUACAUGUCGCAAAUCGUCGUCAUGCUGUACGAGGACCCCACGAAAGACCCGAGCAGCGAGGAACGAUUCCACGUAGAAUUGCAUUUCAGUCCCGGCGUCAAUUGUUGCGUGCAGAAAAAUUUGCCGCCCGGGCCGGGCUUCAGGCCGCAUUCGCGCAACGAGAGCAGCCAUAAUUUACAAGACGUAGGCUCCGGUCAGGAUUCGAACUGCAGCACGCGUAUCGAGGAGGAAGACACGGAAGUAGGUCAAUUAGAAGAAGACGUCGCGACGCCUCCGCAAGAGCCGGAAGUGUCGACUACGAUAAUCGAGGUCGAUCCCGUCGACGCUGCCGACGCCGCCGAUUCCACCUUGGACAGUCCCACGACGAGCCGAGCCAUCAACAUGAUGGACUUGGAUCCGAACAUCAUGGACGAGCCGUACGACAGUGGUUUUCUGCAGAGCUCGGCACCCAUUCCCAUAAGCGCGAGAACCGUGGCCGGUCACGAGGCGGCCAGACUGGGCAGUCAAUUGGCCGCGAGUCAGAGGCAGCGCCGCGAGCGCGAGGCGGCCGGCAUCAUAUGCGAGCCAAGGGCGCGCAGCUACGACCAUCAGCGCCAAGACAAACCGGAAAAAACUGCGGACAAGCUGCAGUAUCAGAGCUUGGACGCGGUCGACAACGAAGCGAGUCGCUCGCCGAAACUCGCGGACAUAUUUCCGGACGACUGUCUGUCGAGCAAGCCCGCGCCCCUGGCCGGCAGUCUGCCGCACUCGGUGAGCUCGCCGGAUCUCGCGCUGUCGCCCGUCGUCGCGAACGUCCUGCCGAUCAUCAACGUCGUCGAGGAACCUGCUGCACCUCCAGCGGCGCCGAACAAAACUACGACUACUACUACCACUCCCGUCGCGAUACCAGCUCCUCUGAUAACCCUGCACAACACCCCGCUAGCUUCGCCCGGCACGAUAGCUACCGCCACCGCCGCCGCAGCAGCCGCAGCAGCAGCCGCCUCCUCCGACGUUAUCGAUUUUUCGCUGGCUGCCGCUAACGUCGUGGCUACUAAUAAUCGCAGUAACGCAGCAGCAGCGGCAUCAUCGCAAAAGAUCGUCGCGGUUAACGACAACGGCCAAUCGACGAGCCUUAGCAGCAGUAGUAAUAACGCUAGAUCGCAGAUGCUACAGCUUCCCGGCAGUAACGCUUGCUACGUAGUGAAGAAGUACGGCCGCUCGCACUCGGCGAUGACGCUGCCCGUGAUCGAGAUCAGCGGUGAGUCCACCCCGCCGCGAACGCCCGUCUCGCUCUUGUCCCGUCCGACGACGACGACGACCAACCAAGACGACGACGACGACGAUAACAAUUGCUUUAACAACGACGACGAGCUGCAGCUGCUACUCGACGACGAGACCAGCGGCGAUUUUCUCCUGCCGCCCGACAAGCGUCGGCUGCUGCUGCUGCGCUCGUCGUCGUCCUCGCCGCUGCAGCGUCGGCAUCGACACCACCAUCAUCAUCAUCAUCAUCAUUAUCACUACCACUACCAUCACCACUACUGUCAACAAAAUUUCGCGCAGACGACUGCUGCAUCGCGUCAGCAGCGACACUCCCUCAGCUCGAAUCAGCUCGAGAUCGUGACCGAGGCCCUGCUGGAGAAACGCUCGCGCUCUCCAUCCCCGGCCGCGGCCGAUCGCUGCAACUGCUACAACUGCAACGUGUCCGAGCUCAUAAUGCAGAGCAGCGAUCUGUCGCCCGCGGAGCGCUCCAACUUUCGCACCUACUUCUCGCGCUCGCUCUCCCACAAAUUUUCCAACUGCUCGUGCUACGCCGGCUCACCUAUCAAUUAUCAUCAUCGUCGUCGUCAUUCUCGCUCUCCUCGCAAUCCUGCUGCUGCCAGCGCCGACGCGUCGAGCAGCGCCUCGUCCUACGACGCCGCGAGUCCGAGCAGCAGCAGUCCGCCGACGCCCGAGAACGGACUCGUGACUACUACUACUACCAAUUACGCGAUGAAAUUGACAAGAUCGAACUCGUGUCCGGACUCUCUGUUAAAAUUCGCGACAUUUGAAGAAGCCGUCGUCGGUAAAAGACGACGCCACGACUCGCUGGACUCCGUGCUCUCGUCCUCCUCGUCCUGCUCCCUUCCAUCCUGCGCCACGAAGCUGCAUCCGAGCUGCUCGCUAGACUGCCUCAGGACGACGCCCAUUGGCCACAAUUAUAUUAAUAAUAAUAAUACUACUUUUAAUAAUGGCGCGUCCAUGUAUUUGCACGACAAUUAUCGUUACAAGAAUUGCUGUUGUUGUUGUUGUUGUUGUUGUUCUUACUGCUGCUGGGGCUGUUGUUGCUGCUGUCUCAAUUACUCGGACGUCGAUCAGAAUGACGUCGACGAACAGCAGCAGCAGCAGCAACAGUCGUCCAGCACCGCCGUCACCGCGUGGCUGGAAUCUCAUUCCAAAUGUCAGCCGAGACGAUCCCUGUCCGGGUCCGGCUGUUGUGUAAGAGCGAAAUUUGAUUUGGAAUUAGAUCCCAGGCACAAGUUCAUCAACGCUAACUACCAUCACCAUCAUCAUCAUCACAACCACAAGAACCGUAACCCGCACCAUCAUCACCAUCAUCAACAUUGUCCAGUCUGUAUAAAUAAUCCGCCACCGCAGCCGCAGCAAAGCACUAAUAACUACGUCGCUGCUAUUAACCAAUCGUCCCACAACAACCAACACCAACACCACCACCAUCAUCAUCAUCAUCAUAAUAAACAUCAUCAUCAUCAACAUCACCAUCAUCACUGUCCCUCCGCCCAGCUGCGCAACAAGCUCCAGCAGCAAAGAUCCUUCUCGUCCCCAGACACGCGACCUUCGAUCAUUCAACCUGACCCUACUACCUGUAACACAGCAAGGCGCCACCGUCACAGUAUCUCCGGACAGAUGAGUUAUUUCAAACUGUUGGGCUACAACGUGAGCAAGAAGCUCACCGGCUCCGCGAACAGCCUCUUCAGCACGGCGGUGAUCAGCGGCUCGUCGAGCGCGCCCAAUCUCAAGGACAUGGUGCCGCCUCACGCCUCGGCCGUUGCAGCUAUCGAAGGAUUCGGAGGAGUGCCGCCCAUCAGGCCGCUGGAGACGCUCCACAACGCCCUGUCGCUUCGCCAGCUCGACGUAUUUCUCGAGAUGAUGACGGGGGCGCCGCUGUUUCGCACGCCGGCCUCGUCGCCGCCCAAGUCGUCGCCCAUCGGGCCCGGACCGAACGGGACUGCGGCAGCGGCUGCGUCGUCGACGGCCGCUGGAGGAGGAGCAGGAGGACACCAUCAGAAUCUUGGCAUCGAAGCGGCUAGAUACAUCACGCCCAAUCCGAUCAAUUGCAAGGGCAACGGUGCGGCCGGCGGCAGCAGUCACGAGGCCGAGCUGAUAGCCGAUCUGAAGUUCCAAGCGUCGCCGACGAGCCCUAACAGUAAGUCAGAAGUCGCGCGAAAACAACAACAGCAACGUAAGUACGCCAACGAAACUGACGCGAAAAUUGUGAAAUCACCUGCCGCAGGCACAGGUUGGAGCAGCGAGCCGGCCUCGUUCCUGUCAUCCGAGCCGUCGUCACCGGCGCCGACCUCGGCGGGCGAGUGCAGCAUGUCUAUGAGCUUGGUCAGUAACGACGGGCAAAAAUAUACGUCGAAUCUCGACAUAGACUUCGACGACUUCUGCGCGAACAUCGAGCAGCAGCAGCAGCAACAGCAGCAGCAGCAGCAUCAGCUUCUGCAGCAGGAGGCUCUGCGCGAGAGUCGCGGCAGCGUCUCGUACACGGACUACUACAGCAACGAGGAUGGCCAGAUCAGGCAGAGGGCGGCCUUGGGCGGCGACAACUGCUUCCCCGUGUACGUGAAGCCGCCGAGCUCUUCCGACGGCGACGCCAGUCCGACCGCCGAGGUCGACGAGGCCGAGGAGGAAGAGGAGGAGGAGGACAACAACCUCACCAUCAAGCAGGAGGACGCCGAGCGACAGAAGAAGCAGGACGUGCAGCUGAUCUUCGAGCAGAAGCAGAGCCAAGAGGCGGCCAAAGCCGGCAGUAGUUAUAAGAAAAUUGGCAGGUUCCUGGUCGAGAGUAGAAAUCCCAACGAGAUGCUCAGCUCGAGUCUGGCCUCCGCGGAUAGCAAAGGCACGCCGUUGCCUACGACGGGCGGCGGCGGCGGCGGCGGCGGCAGCAGCUCGGACCCGAAGAAAAAUCUGCUCCGCUCGCAGAGCGUCUACACGCCCAAGUCAAUAUUGUCGAGCGGCGGCGCCAAAUCGGCGACCUCGCUGCAGAAGCAGUCCUCGCUGUCCAUGUCCGCGAACGUCCAAUUUCCGUCUGACCAAGAGCAGCAGCAGCAGCAGCAGCAGCCACAGCCACAGUUGACACUCGCGAGCAGUAUCACUGACAAGGCUCACGUGACGUUCGGUUUCGACGUCGCGCAGAAUAAACAAAACUGAAUGUAAUUCGUUAUUAUCAGCGUUUGGCGCUAUUUUCUUUCGUUUUUCUAUGGCCUGCAGGAAUCUUAUGUAAUAUCGGAGAGGCGUGAUUUAUAUAGAUAUACAUUUUUCCAUUUAUAAAUAAUUGCCUUGAUCCUAUACACCCCCCUCGCGAAGCAGUAGUAGAGAGCAGCAGUGUUUACUUUCAACGAUGAACUCUUCUUUUUUUUUUGUUACGAUCGUAAUUUUUAUACGUAUACAUGAUGAAGAUGAUCAAGUAGGUUUUACAGAGAUCGAUUGUAUUUUUUUACCACGUUGAUACCAUUAUAAUAAUAGAGUAAAAUGUUUAUGAUGAACGUGCGCGCCUGGUGAUCCGACCAGUUAUUGUUCACGAUUGUUUACACAGAAAUUUUUGCUUUGGCAUUGUACGUUAAAUUUUUAUUUAUUUAUCAUGAUUGUAGUGUUGCCCCCCCCCCUCUUUUUUUUGUAUUUACUUCCUCGAGAAAGAGAGUACAUUUUUUGUGUAUUCGACUUAAAAGUCUAUUUUUAUAAUCAUUGAUGUAUUAAUUGUACGGUACCUGACUAAAGUGCUCGGCGGAGCGCUCGAAGCAAAAUGUGGAUUCAAAAAGUACUUACAUACGUAAAGAAAAAAAAAAUUUAAACAAAACAACAAAUAUCAAAUUGAAAUAUUUUACGAUUGAUGAUUUACCAGAAUAUAUGUAAAAAAAUAUGUGUAAAAAAAAAUAGUUGUUAAUGUGCAAAGAAUAGAGCGCUUUUGUAUAGUUGCACAUUUUUAACGCGUGUCCAUAUAGGUCAAAUGAAUUUGUAUAACGAUGUUAUUUGCCGCGAAUCUUUUUCUUUCGCGGUCGAUCAAAAACAAAAAAUUGAUUAUAUUGCGAUUCACGUGAAAUUUUAUUUAUAUCGUUUAAAUAACGUUUUUCCGUGACGAUAGUCGUUCGGUGUCAAGGUUCAAUAUUAUAUAUGAUGUAAAAUGCAAAUGCAGUCCACUUUGAUGUCGUAUUAUUAUUGUUAUAUUACAUCGUGUGAGAAAUAAUUCUAACGAAUGUAAACCAUGUAUAUCGCGUGAAACGAAUUGUAAACGAAUGAAACGCUUUUCCGUUGAAAAAUGAAACAAAAAUUAUAAAUGAAAAAAAUAAUUGUUAAUUUAAUGAAUUGUAGAAAUAUAAAAAGAAAAAGAGAAAAUUAAUAAUAAAUAAUCAUAUAUUACAAAAACUAUCAUUAUUAUUCGAUGCACCGAUCGCCUCGACCGCAAUUAGUAUCGAUCGAG